CUGUCUGCUGUAAGAGUAGCAAACAAAUUCGUUCGCCCGGAUAUUCGCACAACCGAGUGUUUUAGCAAAACCAUGCCUGGGGAGCUAAUGGAGUACACGCUGGCGGAGGUGGCAGUGCGCAAUGGGAAGGCUGGCAGCCCGACCUGGAUCGUGAUACGGGACGCCGUGUACGAUGUGACACAGUACAUGGAAGACCAUCCGGGCGGCAGCGAGCUCAUCAGCGAGUGGGCCGGCAGGGACGGGACGAAAGAUUUCGACGACUUUGGCCACUCGGCGGAUGCGAUGCGGCUGCUGAAGACGCUGCAGGUUGGCGUGCUCGUUGCGAGCGAUCAGGCAAAGAAUCGCAAAAAGAAUGCCACAGAUGGCCCGAAGGAGCUGGCGGAGGAACAGCUGUCGCCGGAAGAGCUGAUGAAGAAGCGACGCAGCAAGCGGCGAAUGUUUAUCCUGUGCGGUUGAGGCGUUAAGUGGAGCGGGUGGGGAUAAAUCUUCCACAUUAAAACCACUAUGUGAUAUCUAGUUUCUAAGAACAUUAAUCUGAAAAUUGUGUAUUAUUUGUUACUCAAAUUAAACACAACACAUAGUAUUUAAUAUAAUAAUCAAAUAAAACAACGCCUAGAUUAGCCUCCGAGUGUGAACAUUUCUCGUAAA